UAUCACCAUGACAAUCGUUUCGUGAUCGCUGAUGAGCCAUACGACUCGUUUAUGCGUACAGAGAUGUCUUCACGUUUGUUGCCAAGGCAGUGUGAAACCGAGGCGCUCUUAUCCUUCACUUGAAGAGAAGGAAACUGCAGCAUCUGCAAUAAACAUCGCCAUGCCGCCGACGAUGGCACCUCGACAGGUGGAUGAAGACGAGGAUGAAGACGGCUCUUGCUACGAUGAUGCCGACGUCUCUACUGCUCCCUUCACCUCGCACCCCGCCUAUGGCCGCGGCUUAUGGAAGAAUCCCAUCGCUUUCGUAGCCGCCGCGCCUGAAGUCAAGCCUACGCCCUCGGAUUCCGUAGACGGGCAAUCAAUAGCGCAGAAGUACCUCGCCAUCAUGUUCCCUAACGGCCAACCCCAGCCAGAGCCAGACGCAUACCCACUUUGCGGCAUAUGCGGCGAGCCAGCCAAAGAAACAGAUUACCGCAUACACUUCCUAAGCGCCGUGCAUCAAGCUGCUUUACCCCGCGCGCCGACUCCGUCGGCGAUCGAUCGCACGAGAAUGGGACUCAAGUACAUGCAGAACUAUGGGUGGGAUGUGGACGCCAGGGUGGGGCUGGGUGCGAGAGGGGAGGGAAUGUUGUUUCCGCUUGUGCCGCAGGAGAAGAGGGAUAAAUUGGGGUUGGGGAUCGACAAGAAAGCUGAGAAGAGGAGGAAGGGGCUCACAAAUGGCAGGGGGACUGCAAAGCCCGUGGAGAUUAGGCUGGAUGCGGGAAAGAUACAGAAGUUGGCCAAGGUGGAGAAGAGGAAGCAUGAUAAGCUGCAGAGGAUGUUUUAUGGGAAUGAUGAGAUGGAGAAGUAUCUUGGGGAACUGGACGGUUGAUUAAGUCACCAUCUUGAACCCCAUAAUACAGCCUGAGGGCUUUCACGUUUGUGCUUUGAGUAAAAUGGGCAUAGCGGAGGCGUUAGUGUUUUCGCAUGAUAUCUGUUCUACUAUACACAACCCAUCAUCUCAGCCUUGUUCGUUCCCUAGCUUCACACCUGACGCCGUAGCCCUGAGUCUAACCUGCAUACUCUUCGCCCGGGACUGCAUAAUGUAGACAUCAUCCACGUCCGGCGGAUGCUCUUGUGCUUCCAGCCCAUGGAACAGUAGAGCAAACGGUAAUGACUUCCACACUGCAAUACCAUGCCUUGCUGACUACGCCACGACGAGCACAAAGAAGACGAUGGUGAGCAACAGUAUUAUAGGAGCUGUCGGUACGGUAUCUGCUCCUUCUAUGAUGCGAGUGAAAGUAUACUGAACGAAAGACUGCUCGAGGAAUAUGAGCUCGGCGUACGUCAUCCACAUGACGGGUUCGGAUGGCAACGGCUUAUUGCACGGU